AUGGAGGAAACAAAAGAUACUUUAAAAAAAGAUGAUGGACCCAUAGAAUCUGAUAAAGCAUCUAUUUCGGGUGGUAGUCCAGAAUCUGGGUUAGAACGAAGUAAUGAAACUUGUGAGGUGCUGCUCGCCAUGACUAUUGGCCUGCAGGCACUUCGAUUCGAUCUAUCAAAGGAGAACGCAGUCCCGAAGAUCAAACUUCACUUUCAUCCACGCGACACAAGUGAGGUGUGCACACAGAUAUGUAAAGAAAUAAUUCAUUGUACUUUAAAUAAUAAAUGUGAAGAAAAGCGUAAAGAUGUAAAGCAGUUAAAUUUUGAGUGCGGGCAGUGUGGAACAAAGAAGACCCCUCUGUGGCGCAGGCAUGGUGAUCAGAUGGUUUGCAAUGCGUGCGGUCUUUAUAUUCGGACACACGGGGGAAUGUCCAGGCCAAAAAAGCUUUUUAAGAACAAUCGAAAAGAUAAAAACGAAGAGGGGCCCGAAGAACCAAUUGCAAAGCAAGAUUCUAAUAAAUGA